AUGUCCGAUCCCGGCAGGGAGCAGGAGCACAUCUCAGUGGUGGCUCGCCUCCGUCCUUCGCCGCAGCCUUCGCCCCACGUCCGAGCUGCGGAGAAGGAGGUGGUUGUCCAGAUACCCCGAGGCGAUGAUGUCAUCAACAACCAGGUGGAAGAGUACGGCUUCCGAUUCGCACGCGUUUUCGGCCCAGAUGCCUCUCAACGCACGGUCUUCGACGCCGCUGCGAAGGAGUUGGUGCUCGGGGCAUUAGAUGGCGUCAACUGCACCAUCUUCGCAUAUGGACAGACGGGCAGCGGCAAGACGUACACCAUUUGCGGCAACCACAAGGAGCGAGGAAUUGUCCCUCGAUCCUUGAACGCCAUCUUCGAAGCCCUCGAACGUCGACAAGGUGGUGAAGACUUCUCCAUCUCCAUGUCCUUCAUAGAGGUCUACAAGGAAGUCGGCUAUGACCUACUCGCCAAGGAGAGGAACAGACCCCAUACCUCACCCCGAAAAGGUUUCAAGAACCGAGAACUGACACUUCAGCUCCUGCUACCCCCGCUGAGUUCUGCUUUCGUUUUCUUGAUCUACAACCCAUGGGAGUAG